AAUCACAGUGUUGCCUUCUCAUGAAUUAUUAAGUAGCCCCCUGCCUCUUUUAGCUUGACUCAAAAUGCUGCAUUUUCAGCUGUGGGUCUGAAGCGGAGAGCAAGGGUGUUUUUUUGACAGCUGUAUUACUGCUGAUAAGCAAGACUCUGCGAGAUGAUCAAGUACUGAGACACGCAUCCAGAACAGCAGCACAGCAGCACUAUUCACUACGAGCAGUGGCAGUCAGUAGCAGCAGCAGGAGCAGUAGCAGCACUAACAGCAGCAGCAGCAACAGCAACUCUCUCGUGCCUUUUUCUUAUUCUUUGUGGAGUUGUAAUCUGUUCUGAGGACAACAGCCGGAGAAGACGGGACAAGUGGAUCAGGGCUGACAGCUGUCAUCAAAACAACCCAAACGCAGAGCUGGCUGCCCACAUGCCGAUCGAAUUUGUUUGCAAAAUCAAAUUUGCAGAGGAGGAUGAGAAGCAGAAAGGCAAGCAGGAUGGGGACAAGGAGAGCCUGAUUGAGGAGAGCUGCUCACCUCCAGCUAAGGACCUGGUCGGCUUCGCCAACUCCAGCUCUCUCCACGGGAUUAACCACAUCUUCGUCUCGGGGCGCCUGGGCAUUCGGCAGACCCUCUGGGCACUUGCCUUUUUGGCUUCUCUGGCACUCUUUCUGUACCAGGCGGCAAAGUGUGCCAUCUCUUACCUGGAGCACCCUCACGUCACCGCUCUGAAUGAGGAAGCGAGCCCUGAGAUGGUCUUUCCCGCUGUGACCAUCUGCAACAUCAACCGCUUCCGCUUCUCCGCUCUCACCGACGCCGACAUCUACCACCUGGCUAACCUCACAGGUCUACCACCAAAAAACCGGGAUGGCCACAAACCCACCGAUUUGGACUAUCCUGCGCCGGACAUGCAGGACAUCUUCAACCGGACAGGACAUCAGCUGGACGAGAUGCUGAAGAGCUGCAACUUCAGUGGACAGAACUGCUCUGCUGAGGACUUCUCUGUGGUCUACACCAGAUACGGAAAAUGUUACACUUUCAACGGGAACAAGUCGACGUCCAGGAAGACCAAGCAAGGUGGAAUGGGAAAUGGCCUGGAGAUUAUGUUGGAUAUUCAACAGGACGAGUAUCUCCCCAUCUGGAAAGAGACAAAUGAGACGUCGUUAGAGGCAGGGAUCCGCGUGCAGAUCCACAGCCAGGAUGAGCCUCCCUACAUUCACCAGCUGGGCUUCGGAGUCUCCCCGGGAUUCCAGACCUUUGUUUCAUGUCAGGAACAAAGGCUGACCUACCUGCCCCAGCCCUGGGGGAACUGCCGCUCCACCAGCGACCAGAUGAUCCCGGGAUACGACACCUACAGCAUCAGUGCCUGCCGCCUGCGCUGCGAGACCAGGGAGGUGCUCCGGGAGUGCAACUGCAGGAUGGUGCACAUGCCCGGAACUGCCGAUAUCUGCACUCCCAGUAACAUCAAGUGUGUUGACAAGGCGCUUGCCCUUCUCCAGAAGAGCACUGGGGACACCUGUCCCUGUGAGACACCAUGCAACCUGACCCGCUACGGCAAGGAACUCUCCAUGGUCAAGAUCCCCAGCAAGGGCUCCGCUCGCUACCUGUCCAGGAAGUACGACAAGUCUGAGGAGUAUAUCAGAGACAACUUUCUGGUGCUGGACAUCUUCUUCGAGGCUCUUAACUACGAAACAAUUGAACAAAAAAAAGCGUACGAUGUUGCAGGUUUACUAGGUGACAUUGGAGGCCAGAUGGGCUUGUUCAUUGGAGCCAGUAUUUUGACAAUCUUAGAAAUUUUGGAUUAUGUUUACGAGGUGAUCAAGCACAGGCUGCAGCGUCUGCUGAGGCCACAGAAGGAUGAGAAGAAACAACAGACGACCACGGUUGCAACUGUGGAUCUGCAAGAUAUGAAAGCCAGUAAGGAGUCCAGUGAUAUGACCAUGACCAGAAGUCAUCCUGAAGGAGCUUACGCCAAUACGAUUCUACCGAACCACCAUCUCCCCCACCACCAAGGACAGCCACAUGGAGUGUUUGAGGACUUUGCCUGCUAGAGCCGGCGGCCAUCUUUCCAUCCUGAUGACAAGAAAAGUUGUGUCCUCUCUGGGCUGGAUCGGGCAUCAAAACAGACCCUGGGACCUCAGUUCUAUACCUUUCUUGCUGUCACCAGUGAAAAAGCUACAGCCAAAGUUGAACACCAAACCUGUGCUGCAAACAGACCACUUGUAUGUAAGCACAGAUUGGACCCCACAUUACUGUCCAGCUGGAGACGCCCACCUUCAAUCUUCCUACAAUUGACAGCUGGCCACUCUGCGAUUUCUAUACUGGUUAUUUUGGUACAUGGUCACCACAUGGGAACAAGACAAGGACUGCAUGUCAUUUUGAGCCAUCUUGAUUCAUUUCUACUCAACUCCAGUAUCUUGAUUUGUGUACCUUUCUUAAUUUGUUAUUAUUAUUCUCAAUAAGUUCUCACUCAGCUCACUGAUUUUGAAUCAUUGUAAAAUAUGUCAUUAUUUGAUGAGAUAUCAUUUCCCCUUUAUAUUGUAUACAAGAUGAGUAUAAGACAGGUGAUCAUAUUCAAUCGAACCAUUAUACAGAGAUAUCAAACAAAAUCAGAGGAAUUACAUUGAUCUUUUGGCGUGUUAAAACCAUACUAUCCUCGCUUUGAUGAUAGGGCCCAUACUGCGUACCAGCUAUACACUAUUUAGUAUUUAUUAGGAUCCCCAUUAGCUGCUGCCAAGGUAGCAGCUACUCUUCCUGUGGUCCAAGCAGGGUUAAAACAAUUACAUCACAACCAAACACAACAGCUGAAAUCAUAAAUAAAACAACGCAUCAUACAAUAUAUUACAUUAUUGCUCUUUUAUUACAAAUGUACAAUAUAAAAUCCACAAUACCACAUUAAAAGUGUGUGUGUGUGUGUGUGUGUGUGUGUGUGUGUGUGUGUGUGUGUGUGUGUGUGUGUGUGUGUGUGUGUGUGUGUGUGUGUGUGUGUGUGUGUGUGUGUGUGUGUGUGUGUGUGUGUGUGUGUGUGUGUGUGUGUGUGUGUGUGUGUGUGUGUGUGUGUGUGUGUGUAGAGUGAGUUAGAUUGUGUGUACGUGUUUGGGUCUCUUCACAGUCCUCGUUGUGCCAUGAGGUGUUGUUUUAUCUGAUUUUAGUGCUCGCUUGAGUUAUUUGGUGUGGAAGAGAGUUCCAUGUAGUUAUGGCUCUAUGUAGUACUGAGUUUCCCAGAGUCUGUUCUGGACUUGGGGACUGUGAAGAGACCCCUGGUGGCAUUUCUUGUGGGUUAUGUAUUGGUGUCUGAGCUGUGUAUUAGAUGUUUGAACAGACAGUUCGGUGCUUUCAACAAGUCAAUACGUCUCACAGAGGCAAGCAGUGAGGAGGUCAAUCUCUCCUCUACUUUGAGCCAGGAGAGAUUGACACGUCUGGUUUAUGGGAAAGGUGUUUUAGAGAGUAGCAUUAUACAUUUACAUAGGUUCAACCUGAACACAGACAGAAAGCACUGUUUUAAAUGGAUAAUGAUUCAUUUAAUUCAACACUUAUACUAAUUUUUGUAAUUGAUUUAUAUAUUUUAGAGAAGAUUAUUUAAAAAAAAAUAUAUAUAUAUAUAUAGCUGUUAUGAUUGUAGUAAUCACACUGACAUAUUUUUGUUUAUUAGCAAAACCAGUCAGAAAGAUGAUUGGAAUUGCCUUGCUCCAAGCAACAAAAUGCACAUAGAUAUGGUUAAUAUUACUGUCAUUAUUUUUAUUUUAUUUACUGACUUGGGCAUGGGUGAAGUUCUUACAACAAUUACGGUGUCCAUAUUGGGUCAUCAUUCAAAAAGGCAAUGAAUAGCAAGCAACAAGCUGUGCUGUGAAUCCCCUUGACAUGGAUGAAUCAGAAUACACACAAUUGAGCACAUUCCACAGUCUGUAGUAGCUGAGCGCCUCUAUUUAAAGAAAGGGCCAGAAGAGUCCUUUCCCAUAAAUCCCUGUUGGAAGCAAAGUUGCUUCCAAAAUAAUUGCUUUAUGUCUCCUGCACAAUCUCUUGGCUUAGAUAGUGAAUUUGUUACAGUAAAAGUUUAUCCUGGACUAAAACUGCUGUCCACUCCAGUGUAGAACAGCCUCAGUGAAAGACCUAUCACUUUGACUACUGUCUGAAAAUCGACUGUAGGUAUACGAUUUUGUAUUUUGCUGGGUUAUUCAUUUAUACCUCACAUUACAGCACACGAUCACAUAAAUAGAUAAAGAUGUUUGAAUAUAACUAUUUGUUAUUUUUUUAUUUUGCUUGUGAUCUUAAAAAGGUCCAUUGCGGCCGUUUCUAUCUCAAUAUCAAAUCGUUUGGAUAACAAUGAAGUACCUUCCUGUGAUUGUUUUAAAUUAAAAUGGUCAAAAAUGAAGAAACAAGGAUCUUAGCAAAGAGAAAUUUCUCAAUCAAGAAUUUAGCUUGGACUGUCUGGGAGUGGAGAGGGGGAAACUAGCGGUUAUUGGCAGAGGUUUGGAACUCUUUCUUAUUAGUCUAUGAAGUAGGUGAUGUCACCAGGCAGGGCAAAACUCCAUCCCACCAAAACAGGCUGACAUUUCAGGCGGACUUUUCAAACAGCCAUUACACUAAAAGGGCACCAUCAUAAUUUUCACAAUUUCACAGUAUUAUUCCAGCCUUCGUGUGGAAAUAUAAAACACAGUAAACUCUCAUUUUUGACCCCACUGGGCCUUUAAUAUCUGUAACCCUGCUGAGUGCUCUGAGCUGUGCUUUGUUUGACAAGUCCACAAUGAAAUUACCCAUUCAUCAGCGUAAAUAAAAUCUACUCUUGCCCGAUGUCAAGUAAUCACAGGGGCCAAAUAUGACUUUUAAAUAUUCAUAAUCAUGUGUCACUAUGACAUUUUCAAAAGUUCCCAAUCAUGGUCCCUGAUGGCACCCUAUACCAAGUUUCUCCUCUGUCAUCAACAACACUGAAGGACAGGUUGCACACUGAGGAGAUGCUGUACUAAGGUGAAUGUGGGGUCAAAUGAUCAAUGUAAAGCUUGACUUCGCUUGUUGCUGUCACGUAUAGGCGGUCAUGCAUGUAUAGAUACAGGAAAGCCUCAGAGUCGGUCUGUGAUUUGCUGUGUGUAUAGCAUACAUGUUUGGCUCGUCUGAGAAUGUGUCCAUAGAAUUCUGAAAUAAUUUGGUAUGUAAUAUUACAAAUAGUAGUUGCAAAUGACAUCUGUGCAUAUUACAGUGGAACUAAAUGGUGGCUGUGUAGCUGGAGUUGACCCUGCUUGAUUUCCCCAAUUGACGACAUUUUGUACAUUACCAUUACUAAAUUUGCCACUCUACUCGUUCGUUGACUGAAUUUCGCUCUUCUCUGCUUGUUCAGGUUCGCAAUACUGUUGACAUGUAUAUUCACACAAUCAAAAUCAAUUCUCUGUAAUAACAAAUUUGUGUAUUGCGAAAUUUCUCAUUUUGGUCUGAAUGUUCCACAUGACAGCAAUAGGGGUUUCAUUGAGUGAAAUGGCAUUGCGGCAUGCACCGUUACACUGUCGACAGCUCAAGAUGAAGAACGGAUCAGAGCAAUUCUAUCAAACAGUAUGACACCAAUGGAAAUUCACUAAGAUUUACAGGAGAAUGCUGAAGACGUUUUGUUCAGAAGUCUGCUAUUGUAACUGUUUAUUCUGUUAGAACACAUUUUAUAAAUGUUAAGUACAAAUAUUAAAGUUUAGAUUGGUACAUUAAAAUGCCUCAUAUGAUCUAUU